AUGUCCAAAGAACUUUCGUCGGAACAAAAUGCCUCUGUCGGUAUGACAGUGGGUAUGAUUGAAGUCCUAAUCUUGCAACCUUUUAAUUAUGCCAAGAAUAUGACUCAACAACAGCGUCCCAUCUCUCUGAAUCCCGCGGUUAUGUACCGUGGCGUGGCAUCUAAUUGUAUUAAUAUGGGAUCUUGUACCAUGCUCCAAUUUGUGGUUGGAGGGGAACUCAAGAACUUGGCCGCUGGGGGCGAUCCUAAUAAAAUUCUUUCCCUACCAGAAGAAAUGGCCUGUGGUGUUGUAGCUGGAUCCACCAGUGCCUUGGUCGGAUCGCCAUUGGAACUCGUCAUGAUUCAGCAACAACGCAAGGGAGGAAAUGCAGGAGUCCGCAUCAAGGAUAUUCUUCAAAAGCCGGUCAAUGUUGGCCGCGGUUUUGCCGGAAUGGCCGUCCGAGAAGCCUUAUGGACUUGUGGCUACCUCAGUAUUCCUCCUGUGGUUCGUCGUACACUCAUGACGAAUUAUCCUGAGACCUUUGAUACCAACCAAAAGGCACGUGUUCCUGCAGCCUUGUUGGGUGGUCUCUUUGCCUGUUACUUGACCCAGCCCUUUGAUACCAUCAAGACAUGCAUGCAAGGUGAUAUCGAGCGUGAAGUUUAUGGAACUUUCACUGAGACUGCCAAGAAAAUCAACGCCGAUUCUGGAUUCACUGGAUUCUACCGUGGAGCAACAUUCAGAUACGGACGUAUGGUCUGCGCCGUAUUCAUCAUGGAUCUCAUGCGUGAACAGAUUGGUCGUUUGAUGUAUCCUCAAGCUUUUGAGAAUGAGAAGAAAUAA